AUUUAAUCAAAUAUUUCAUAUCUUUCUCUUUUUGGUUAGGAUUUUUUUUUGGUAACGUUAUUAAAGGCUCCUUUGAAUUCAAUUAACGUGUAAGUGUAUAAAAGCAUGAACAAGGAUGAAAUGUAACAGCUCACGAUCAAAAUCAAAAAAAAAAAAAAAAAAAAAAAAAAAAUUGUAAAGCGGAUCUUUUGAGGAAUCAAUCAUAAAUGGCGAAGAAAGCGGUAUUGAUAGGAAUCAAUUACCCUGGAACCAAGGCGGAGCUACGGGGCUGCGUCAACGAUGUCCGUCGGAUGCACAAAUGCCUCGUCGAUCGGUUCGGAUUCUCCGAGAGAAACAUCACUGAGCUGAUCGAUACCGACGACUCUUCCACCAAACCCACCGGGAAAAACAUCAGACGGGCGUUGUUGGAUCUAGUCGAGUCGGCUGAAUCGGGCGAUGUUCUCGUCGUUCAUUACAGUGGACACGGGACGAGAUUGCCGGCAGAGACUGGGGAAGACGACGACACUGGUUACGAUGAGUGUAUUGUUCCUUGCGAUAUGAAUCUUAUCACCGAUGAUGAAUUCAGGGAACUUGUGGAGAAGGUGCCAAAAGACGCACGCAUUACAAUCAUCUCAGACUCUUGUCACAGUGGCGGUCUCAUCGACGAAGCCAAAGAGCAGAUAGGAGAGAGCACCAAGAAGAAGCCAAAGAAAGACACUGGAGGAUCCUCUGGGUUUGGAAUCAAAGGCCUCGUGCUUGAAGCUGUGGAAGAAGCCUUGGAAUCUCGAGGGAUCCACAUUCCUCACCACAAAGAUGGGAAUGAAGAAACCAAGAUUAAAGAGAUUGAACUAGAGAACGGGGAAAAAGUCCAUGUCGGAAACAAGUCUCUGCCUCUACAAACUCUAAUCGACAUCCUCAAACACGACACAGGCAACGACGACAUCCAAGUGGGGAAAAUCAGACCGACCCUUUUCAAUGUGUUUGGGGAAGACGCAUCGCCAAAGGUGAAGAAGUUCAUGAAAGUGAUUCUAACGAAGCUGAAACUAGGUCAAAGUGAAGGCGGGAUAUUGGGAAUGAUCGGGAAACUAGCUCAGGAGUUUCUUGAGCAAAAGCUGAACGAUGAUGAAGAGUAUGUGAAACCUGCGAUGCAGACGCAUGUCGGGAACAAGCAAGAGGUCUAUGCAGGUGCAAGCAAUGGAUCUCUCGCGGAUAACGGUAUUUUGAUAAGUGGUUGCCAAACUGAUCAAACUUCUGCUGACGCAAGUCCUCCGGGUAAACCUGAGAUGGCUUAUGGAGCAUUCACCAAUGCUGUACAGAUCAUUCUCGAGGAGACAAAGGGUAAGAUCACAUACAAAGAGCUUGUUUUGAAGACAAGAAAGCUUCUUAAGAAACAGGGCUUUACUCAACGACCAGGGCUCUACUGCAGCGAUAGCUAUGUGAAUGCUCCUUUUAUCUGUUAGAGGAUUUUAUUGUGUUCGUAGAAUCGUAGUUGCCUCAAAAGUAUUUGGAGUUCCGUGUUGAAUAAGUUAUGUGAUUUGUAUGUUCUUUUGCUGUUGUAACUUUUAUUGAAUUUCAAGUGUUCUUUGUCCAUCGCCAAGUGUUGGUUGUUUAUUGGCUCUGGUUUUAUCAAACCUUUUCCAGUUGUUGACUUGUUCACCUUUUGUUCGGAUACGUUACAAAA